AUGGAGGGAGUAAGUCUCCAUAUCUAUGAGUGGCCAUUAACCAAGGAGUUCCUUAAGCAGAAGAUGGAAUUUGAGCUCAAGAAAGCAGAGCUCUUACCCGAAGACGAGCGCAAGAUGCUCAAAGGCUCAUGCAGCCAUCGGGAUUUUAUGGCAGAAGUCGGAACCGGAAGUAUCAUCCAUCCGGCUGACAUGACCGAAGAACAAUGGAACUCCGUGGUUGAGACAAACUCCUUGCUUCAUGGGAACACCAUCUUUCGAGAAGCUUAUGAUCUUCCAAUCACAAUGGAAAGAGCCAUGUACCCUGCCUUUCGACUCAAACCUCGCCCCAUUUUCGACUUUACUGAAGACGGUGCCCAUACAAGCGCCGACAAGACCGGAAAGAAGGGAGGCAAUGCAACAAUGGAAGAGUACCGGAUCCCUCGAUUUAUUGUUACAGACGACGUCUAUGUCGAAGUGUCUGAGCACAAGACAUCGGUCAUGACUGCCAUGGCUGAGAGCUCUCUUUCUAAGAACUCUUCCGAAGUUGCCAUAGGAGGUGGUGCUUUCGGAUGGAGUGGAGGUGUUACUGGAGGUCAUGAAUAUGAGAGCAGCGAGCGUAGCAGGGUGCGAAAGGAGGAAGAGAAGAACCACAUGGUUAUCACCUAUAACUUUCCGCGUGUCACUCUUAGCCUCGACGACGAUAACCUGCAAUUGACACAGGAAUGCAUAAACGAACUUGCUACUGUCAAGACUCGUGAGGACGCCGGCAGAUUCAAGAGAAAGUUUGGGUGUUUCUUUUCCACAAAGUCAAAACGGCUCAAGAUCAUGGCCGCUGCAUCUUUCGCCGGACCGGCCGCCGAAGUCACUGUCAAGGGCGGCCCUUCUGCUUGGUGCAGUACCGUUUCAUCGUACUACAACUGGCGUGUAGUCAAGCAAGAUAACGUCAUUUCGAUUGAAGAUAUAAUCUCUCAGGUCGCGAAGGAUCAGAAGCAUGUCUUUGAGAAAUUGAAGAAAUUUGAAGAACGCGCAUCUAGCGAUUCAUUGGACAUCUGCUUUUACCACAAGCAAACAUCAAGAUACCUUGGAUUCAAAACCGCAGCCGACUCUGUCCCCGGAAUCAUGUUCGCAGAUCUCUACGAGAGGGGUGAUAAUUUAGCGAAGGGAAGCGCGAUCAUCAAGGGAAACGCCACGAUCAUGGGGGGGAAUACCGAGCUCAUUGGAAUCCCAGUAACUCCUCGAGAAUAUGGAGAGAUGGUUUAUGCGAAAAUGCUGGGAAGAGGUCCCAGAAAGACACUUUCUUUGGGUGGUGUGCAACAAGGCAAUGCGCAGGUGUUCCAGCUCUCUGGCAAAGUAGUUAAAGAUGAGAGACCGUCUCCGGGUAAGUUUCUCUCGCCGUAUACACGUACCGCUUGCCAGCUCUUAACUAACAAUACCCCUCAGCUCAUGAAGCAGGAAAGUUACGAAGCAUGGAAUGCUGACGUCAACUGUCCGGUCGGAUACGUGCCUGCUACAGAAACGUACAAGAGGACCCAGCUGCAAGAAUGUUACAAGGUUAAGAAAGAAGAGGCGGUAAGCUUGCGAUGCAGGCCAGUUAAUGAUCAGACUGCGCAGGGUCUUGCACAAGAGAUCCAGGUUGAGAUAGAGGUCUACUCGGGGACAGAGUUCUUGGGACACCUUGGGAGGCAGAAGGGUACAAGGGGGCAGUGGUGGUAG